CACAACUGCAAUAGUUAACUUUCAACUUGCUAUACCAUCACAAUGGAUCUUUAUUAUUCACCUUAUUCUGCAUCGACUGGUGCCCUCCUUUUACUUGGCAAGGCUCUUGGUCUGGAAUUCAAUAAAAUUGAGGUCAGCGUCGCCGCGAAGGAGCAUCUAAAGCCUGAGUUUGUGAAGAUCAAUCCUCAGCACACUAUACCUACGAUCGUUGACAAAGGAUACGUUCUGUGGGAAUCACGUGCCAUUCUCACCUAUCUGAUUGAGCAGUAUGGAAAGGACGAUUCUCUGUACCCCAAGGAUCCUAAGAAACGGGGUGUUAUAAAUCAACGCCUCUACUUUGAUGUGGCAACGCUUUACCCGGCUCUUGCAGAUUAUUACCAUCCACAGUUCUACAAGAAGCCUCUUGAUCCUGAGCUAUUUAAGAAGGUAGAAGAGGUCCUAAAUUUCCUUGAAAAUUUCUUGGAUGGCAAAAAGUACCUGGCUGGUGAUUCUCUCAGCGUUGCGGACAUUUCCAUCCUCUCAACUAUUGCUUCAUUCCAAGGUAUUGGUCUGGACAUUGGCAAAUACAAAAAUAUUGCGAGGUGGUACGAGAAUGGCAGCAAAGUCGCUCCCGGAUGGGAUGAGGUCGAGAAGAGUGCAGCUGCUUUGAAGGCUAUACUGAAAUCAUUGCAGUAACGAUCAACAGAUUCAUUUUACUUAUAAAAUAUAAAUUAUUUGCUUACUAUUUUAAAUUAACACAUUAGAAAUUUCGUUUGAAAAUUAUAAAUUGUAUUCAAUUUGCUCUUUAACUUUUUGUAUAUUUUUGUUUCAAAUAUUUUAAAUGGAUGAAUAAAUUGAAGAUAAAUGGAGUAGCUUGAUGCCCACGUUGCUGAGCUUUCACUUUUAAAUUCGAUAUGUAUUGAAUAUUACAACUUUUGGUAAAAUUAUUAUAAAUGAACUGCCUUGGACAAGUUAUACCU